GUUAGGUUUCAGGUGCGUACCAUGAACGUUUAACACGUGCUAGUGACCAUGGUCUGUGUAGCGUCCGGUACACAAACAAGACGCAACACGCAAUGCAGCUUCCGCAGCAUUCUCUCUCUCCAACUCACAGGAAGUGAGCAUUAUGCGGUUAAACCCGUUCUGUGCUGUUGUUCUGAUCCCGAUGGGGAUGGAUGGCGCAACGAUAGGAAUAGGAGGUGGGAGGGGGGGGGGGGGGGGGGGUAGAUGGAGAGGUGGCACAUGAAUAUGAAACUCGUUAGACAGAUGCUAGCCACAUACGUUAUAUUGAAAAUCUAUGCAAAAUUGGAAUCGGAUACCGAUGCCGCUAGUUGAGUUUGUCGCCGCGACGCACCGAUCGUUCGCGCUAAAGAUUGUUACUGAAUAAUGGAAAAAGAGUGAUUUGAACUCGAUCACUAGUGAGUCGAUGUCUGUUGAAUGAUAGAUGAUUAUUAUUAGUAGAGAUACCACACUUUAAGCCAGUCGCCCACAAAGAAGAUGCUUGGAGAUUGCUUUCGUUCGCGCUGUUCUGUGGGUUUGUUUAGAGUUUGAGUCUUUCGCUUCGAAACGCUUCUUGGCGCCAUACCGAUGACCGCAACAUUGACCACGACCGUUCGCUGUCGCCAGUAGCCACGGCCGGACUAGCUAGCUACUACUAUUACCGCUUCUAGUGUACUACUACUAGGCAACUACUUGAACUACUACUACAAACGAAACUGUACUACUACGCUGCUGCUGCUACUACUGUUACUAUUACAACUCGUUACUUAUGCCGUUUUCUUCCACCCCGAAUGUCCCAACAGAAGGUUGGGCCCGGUUGGAUCCGGGCAUCGUCGAACUAAGUAUACUACGCGCACUAUUUUUACACAAUAAGCGAGCGUCUCAAUCAAAACGGGCAACUUACACGAACAAUUUGACCAGGGCCCACACGAGGGACUAACUUUAGUAUCUUUACACUCUUGAUCCCUAACUUAAACACUACAGCACACAUACACACAGCUGCAUACAUUAUUUUAGUAGUCGAAUUUUCGUAUCUAUGGUCCUUGCCAACGACACGAGUACACCACCGUUUCACAGUUGUUCCACCAAAAUCCUUUAUGCUUUGCUGAGGCUUGUCUGCCGAUGGCAAGGGGUGCACUGUUUGCCACCACUGUUAAACACACUGACACACGUACACAAACAUUGUUACACAAACUAGAGCACAAAAAGAAGUACUUAAACCCACCAACACAGCACGAUAGAAAUGAAAUAAGGGAAAGGAGGCGGACGAAAGAAUACUAACGCAAACAGGAAUAAUCAUUUUGUACUGUAGAGCAUUUACUGAGCAUUCACCUGAGUAGCUCUAUUCGACGGUCGAGUACACUGCUGGUCCUCUGAAACCGAAAAAGGACGUAGGGGACAUUCGGGGCUAGUGCUUUUCGAUUCACACGCUUUCUUCUGCUACAUCCGGCGAGUAGAGUUAUGGAUAAAUCAAAAUACCGAUGAGCAUAGCAUGAUUUGUAUUUUUGGGCGCAGCACUAGGAUGGGCGGACGUCAUCGUUAGGGCGGGCUAGGCGUCAUAAUAGGUUGGUCCUCGUUGGUUGCCGGCACAGGGAUCGAAGACAUUUUGAAGAGAAUUAUUGCAAUCUUCUAUACUUAUACAUUAAAAAAAAAAACAGAGAGAGAAACAAAUCGUAUAUCUAUAUAUAUACAUAUACAUAUACAUAGCUCCAUAUGUAUAUAAAAUG